CUUGAAUUAGCUUGUUAAACAUUUCUGGAAGGUUUAUCUCUGCCCUCCCUAAUUUGUUAAAUGGGCUCUCUCAUUCUUUGUCUGCACUGAUUCAUUCAUUUAAAGCAACAUAUGAAGAAACCAUUGCAUAGAUGAAUCAACACCAGCAAUAGCAUAUGCUGCUUUUAAAUUCAGCUGUGAGGUUGUAACUAAGAUAUUAAUGUAUAUACUUUCUAGGGAUGACUAGAUUCCUUUCCUAAGAGCUUUCAGGAAUGAAUCUAGAAGCUCCUAAUUUAGGAUUGUGAAAAUUCAGGUAGUAAUGGCAGUAUAUGGGGAUUUUUUGUACGCUUUCUGUAAAUGUAUAUAAUUUCAUAUGCUGGUUUGGAGAUAAGGAAGGUACCCAGUUUCAGAUAGAUUCAGAUUUUUGCAGACAGCAUUACUGUCUGGGUUAGCAAAGCCCAUCUAGGUUCCACCUCAGGCUUGCACCAUACACCUACCUUAAUUCUCACCCAACUUGGUAUCUGUCUUUCUUCACUCACCAUGGGUACCAUGUCAAAACAAUCAUACCACUUCUUGUUGCAAGCUGAGGAACAGCUGAGGUUUAAAAAUAUGAAUGUUGCAACUUGCGCCUUUUCACCUUCAUGAAGUGUCCACAUUUGUCUCAGCUGAGCCUCCAAAGAGCGGCUGCCUCCAAAGUUGCCAUAUAAUUUCAUCACUCAAACAUAGGUGUAAUUUAUUUUUCAUAUUUUAAUGAGUCUAACAGCAGCGGUAUAAGUAUGUUUGCUAUAUUUUCAGAGUUGUGGGUCAUUUGGUGUUGAAAAUGAUAAGCAUCUUGUGUAGCUAUGAAUAGAAAAACUGAGAAAUGCUUCUUAUGAUAACGCUAGUACAAUCCCUGCUCUGCUGUUUCAUAUUUUAAGUGCUGAACUGAACCAAAAUAUUAUCUUUGAGAAUUACCCUAGACUCAUCCCUCCAUGAUUUUUUCUUUUCCUGCUUCUGGGUCCGUAGUGAAUUCUGGGCCGAAAGUAAAGCAGUGGCAGUGACAAAGGUAACUGUGGUAGCCACUUAUGGACAACUUUUCAGAUGCAUAUAGCCAUUUUGUCUGUUGCCUGAUACUCUUGCAUUUCUCUCAGUGGAUCACCAUAUUCUUGAACAACUUGAUGGGUUUUGUCAGCCAUGGGGGAGAUGUGGACAAGAUUAGCACCCGGGAAGUGUUGAAAUGUAGCAAGUAAUGAGCUAUCUUCUCCAGCAAGCAUUUAUUUUUAGUGCUUAACUUUCAAUUAAUGUUUAUAUUUUCAGUUAUAUUUUAUCAUUCAGUAUCUUGAGGUGGUUUGAGCAAAAUAUAUGAAUAUAUAUAAUUUACAAGAAAUAUAGGCUUGUAUUGUGCCUUUGUAAUUCUCUUCAGCUUCAGUAUCUAUAAGCUACGAGCGGACAAACCUUUGGGGUAUUCUUUACUACAUAGUAGCUGAUGGCUUCAUUAAUACUGGCUAUUUGAGUCUUCUGGGUCUAAUGUUUAUGUUUUCCCAGGUGAAAACGCCAUAGUGUUCUCCACCAGACAUAAGCACAAUGACAUAUCACUGCAGUGCAUGCUGUCUCUUAGCUUCUCUCUACAUGUGCUUGCAUGUUGAAAAUUUAGAAAUGCUGCUGUAUAAAUUGCUACCUUGUUUACCCAAUACAGGUGUUUUCCUGCAUCCCUUGUUUGCUUGAAACUUAUUAACACGAAAGUUAUCAUUGGCUUGAAAGGGAGUUGUGGAUGCACAAAGGAUGCAGGGAGCAACUCCUCAGUAGUUUACAGGCUGCUGUGCAUUAAUGUCUUCUCAGCAAAGAAAUGUAGCAUUAGCAGUGACUUCCUAGUGAAAACACUGAGCGUGCUUAUCACUUAAGACUUUAGGAAAAAGCGUCAGACUGUGUAAUUGUAUCUCAUCUAAGUUAGACACCUAACCAGUAACAUUUGAUGAGGCGUGAGCCUCUCAUUUAACUAUGUUUGAUCAUGACGUACCAAACAACGCAGAACUGAAAGGUGAACAGCCAUGUUUUAGUAUCACAGCUACACAAGAAAUCACGAGUUUUCACGAGGUUCUGUUCUGAUUUUGUUUCCUUAUCUCUAAAGCAUUUUCACUGUGGAAGUAUUUUUCCAUCCAGUUACCUGAGGCUUCCUUUCACCAACCAAAACAGUCCGUAGCCUUCUACACUGUGAAAGGCAAGCUCUGUGGAGAAACAUGGGCUUUCCGCUUGCCCAGCAAAUUUGAAGAAAUUUCAUCCAAGCCAUAAAAGCCUUUUAUGUUAUUCUGUGUUUGUGUAAUCAAAGCAAUUAGGGAUAGGAACCUCAGUAAUGAAGAGGUCUCUCUGUCCUCCGUUUUACUCUCUCUCUCUGUAAUUUGUAGGGAUUUAAGAGUUAUUUUCUCAAGGCUCAGCUGUGUCUCUCUAAACCAGCGCAGUCUACGCAUCACGUGAGAUUCAACUUAAUGGGGAUAGCAUUUGAACGUUUAAGAUUUACUUUUCACAUAACAAGGAGUAAUGUAUGUCCACAGGGACAUGGACUCUUGCAAACAAGUCUGAUACCAAGGAUAAAAAAUCAAGAUGGUACCAGUACAUCAGACUCUGUACUACAGUGGGUUUUUUAGCUUUUGUCAUUUGUAUUUUAUUUUGCAGGAGAGGAGUUGGGGAAUCUCAGAUCACAUGGGGGAUUUUAGAAGUAUAUCACUCAACAAUCAUUUUAUAAAGUCUAACUUCAAAAUGCACUAUGAUUUAUUACAAAAAUAUAUUUUCUUCUGUUUGCCGACAUGGUUGUUCCACUUUGUGAUAAGUUAAACUAAGCAGUUAAUUUGUUGCACUGCCUAGCUGCAUGAAUUCAUCCAGUGUACGUAUGUACCUGUGCAGCAUUACUUUGGGUUUUGUAUUUGAAUUUGCAGUAUUGAUUAUUAUUUUUGUAUUUUACUUUGCCUCUGUUAUUGGAAUUGUAGUAAACAUAAUUUAUACAUAUGAUUUUACAACUGUUUUGCAACUGAAAAGUCUUCUUUAAAUUGUAAAGUUUUAUUGAUGGAUACUCAUUAAAAUGGUAUAAGAAUUAUAUUAACAAUUGUUUUGUGUUUUGAUGCUCUCUGUACAUAAAUAUAUGUCUAUUUAUCUGUUUAAUGGUGCUUGUGUCUUGCAAUUUUGGAUACAUUUUAGAAUAAAGUUUCAUUUUACAAGAAGUAGUUGUAUUUUCAAAAGCUGUGUCAAAGAAACACCACUUUUCUCUAGGAGUGACUAGGGUUAUGGGAGAAACAUAUGACUCUCCAAAACAUGUGUAACUUCAGGCAAAGGUGUCUUUGUUUCAAGAAAAUGGAAGCACAAAACCUACAAAGAUGCACAGCUGUAUAUUUCAGUCAAUUUACUGCAGUAACUGAUGUCUGUAUUUAAAAGAUUACCUAAGAGUCAGGAGGCAUGUCAUAACCCUCCUGAUUCCAUUGGUAAGAAGAGAUCUGUGAACAUGCUAAUGAUGUCACCAUACGCAUGAGGCUGUAGUUUUCCAAAGAACUCUGCAGCUCUCUGGUCUUGCAUAAAUCUGUUUAAACACUGACAGAAUUUUGGUAGGCACCUAAAAACCAGUUCUAGAUUAUAGGCUUCUGUGAAAUUUUGGUAAUAAAUCAGACUUCCUUUGUCCUACAGCAUUCACAGAAUAAGGUCUCACUUGGCUGAGGGUCAGAUCUAGAGCAGCUACAUUAGUUGAACUGUCUGCUGCUGUACGAUUGAAUAAUACUUCUUGCUAGCUCUAAUGGCUUUAUUUUACAGAAGAUUUAUUCACAUGUAAUAUCAAGUUCAUCUUUUAUUAAUAAAAUGCCUUAUCUCUCCUGGUACAGUUCCCUUACAGUGUCCUGUUGAUCACAGCACCCAGAAGAUGUGCUACUGUGCCACACAAAGCCUUUAACACUGCAUUGCUUCCAUUAUAAAUACAUGUUAUUAGGAUGGAAUAAUCUAAUAUCCAUUGUUAGAUUUUUUUUUUUUUCUCCUUUUAAAACUAUUUUAAAAAAAUACUGCACCUCUUUCUUUGGUUGUUUUUACUGUUUCAGUUCAGGCCUCAAGCCAUAAAGUGAGAAUCAUUUAUCAACAAACACUUUAAAACUGUAUUAGCAAAUAACUUCUGAAGGAAAGCCAUUGUCUUAGGUUGUUAACCAAACCUUUGGAGCUAAGCUCACUCUAAUUCACCACCAGUUCUUAUUUCAGAAGACUACUUUCACUGAAGACUAGCUCAGCAAUCUAUGGGUUUGGAUGUAAGGCAUCUUCCAUCUGCCCAUGACCAUUUGUUCCCUUUGCCACAAAUGGGCAUCAGUAAAGAACUUCUUCACUGUGGGGUUGAGAGAGCUGUGGAACAGGCUGCCAAGAGAGGUUGAGGAGUCUCCUUCUCUGGAGAUAGUCAGGGCACAUCUGGUCGUCUGCCUCUGUGACCUGCUGUACAGGGAACGUGCUUUAGCAGAGGUUUGAACUCCCAUCUCCAGAGGUCCCAUCCAAACCCUACAGUUCUGUAAUUCUGUGAAAGAGAAAUAGGCCCCUUUACACAUGCCUCCCAGAGGCUGCCUUCACCUGCUAGGUGAAGUCCUGCCAGCUGCUUCUAGCAGUGCUGGUACUGCUGCUGUGCUGCAUAGGGCAAUUUUCUGCUGGGAAACUGCGAAUGUCUGCCGCAGAUCUCUGAACUUGGGCUGGUAACUUCAUUUCUGAAUCCUUUCAUCUGUGAAGGAGAACGAUACUGAUCUGUCAGGUGUUUUCUGAGGCCAAAUUCACUGACAACUGUGAAAAAGGUAUUCUGAUGUGCAAGAAGCUAAAGGAGUACCAGAGGCUGCAACGAAAGGAACUGCUGAAGCUGGAAGAUGGACAUGACAGACAUUUGAGUUAGUUCAGCCGAUGGCGAGAGGAGAGGUAGAGAGAUACAGGAGGGCGGGAGGAAGACCGCUUACCAAAGGUAAGGCUGGUCUGGCAAAAGGAUGCUGCGUCGAAGCUGUGAGGCCGUCACCUCACUCCCCGUGGCUGCCAAGUGGAGAAAGCAGCAGCAGCCAUUUGUGGCACUCAUUCGGCUGCUGGGUGCCCACCCUGCUCCUGUGGCAGCUCCUACUUCCGUCCGUCACACGACACCUUCCGUACAAGUCACGCGUUACCUGCAGCUCCGAAGCGCCCUUCCCAAGCACCAGCUUCUCUUACAACAGAAAUGAGAGAAAUUGCCAUUUCUGUUUCUCUAAGACUGCUGCGCAGCUAGGGGAGGUCUGCUGACCACUCGCCCAAGCACGCACUCCACGCGGCAGUUUUCGGCUUCCCCUUUACCUGCCUGAGAACUACCAGCCCUCCAGCUCUCACCUCACAGCGGACGGCAGAUAGGAGCACCGCGCACCUGCCCACAGCCCGCCCCGCCAAGAGAGGGCGAUUCCCUCUCAGACACGGGCGCUGGGGCGGGGCGGGUCCGCCCAGUCCGGCAGGGAACGCGGAGGCCGCGGCGGGCCGGCCUCGGCGGACGCUGCCCCGGACAGCGGCAUGGAGCGGAGCGGGGCGGCGGGCGGAUGGGUGCCCAUGUGCCAGAGCGUCCUGCCGGCCCACGCCAACCACCGCGGGGAGCUGAGCGCCGGGCAGCUCCUCAAGUGGAUGGACGCCACCGCUUGCCUGGCAGCUGAGAAACAUGCUGGUGUGUCUUGUGUGACAGCAUCUAUGGAUGACAUACAGUUUGAAGAGGCUGCCAGAGUUGGACAAGUUAUUACCAUCAAAGCAAAGGUGAACAGAGCAUUCAAAACCAGCAUGGAGGUUGGCAUCAACGUUACAGUGCAGGAUGUUUUGACUAAUGUUGAAAAAAUUGUGAGUGUGGCAUAUGCAACGUAUGUAGUCAAGCCAGUUGGUGCUGAAAAGAUUGAAUUAGAACCUGUAAAGCUUCUGUCUGCAGAAGACCAUCUGGAGCAUGCCCUGGCUACUGAAAGGAAAAGAAUCCGACUGGGCUACCAAGAGGUUUUUCAGAACCUAAUGCAGGAGAGUGAUAAAGAAGAUACUUUUGCAGAGGAAGAUGCGAUUUCAGCUGACCUUACUCAUGUACAGAGUAUUGAGCUUGUGCAACCUCCUCAUGCAAACCAUCAUGGAAACACUUUUGGUGGUCAGAUCAUGGCUUGGAUGGAGACAGUGGCAAGUAUUUCAGCAAGUCGCCUUUGUCGUUCAUAUCCCAUCUUGAAAUCUGUCAAUAUGUUUAAGUUCUGGGGUCCAUCUGUUGUGGGUGACCGCCUUGUCUUCAAUGCAAUUGUGAACAAUACAUUUCAAAAUAGUGUGGAGGUUGGUGUCCGCGUUGAGGCUUAUAACUGUGAAGAAUGGAUCAAGAACCAAGCACGACAUAUUAACAGUGCAUUUCUCAUUUUUAACUCUGUGAAUGACAGAGGCGAGCUGGUCACUUUCCCCAAAAUCAAACCUAUUACUAAGGACAGUGUGAGACGAUACCAUGGAGCUAUUGCCCGAAAGAGAAUUCGACUAGCCAGAAAAUACAUGCUGUCUGCUAAAGAAGACAAACCUUAUGAUCUGUGGGAGAAAAGCAACCAGGCAUAUAUGAGUUACAGCAAUAUAGCUACACUGACAUACUUGGCAGCAAAAACGGGAUGGGAAGUAACCAGUACACUGAAUAAUAUAAGAAUAUGGACCCAUGAGGAUGGUGAUGUCUUGUCACUCAAAGUAGAAAUGCAAGUGAAGACAGCAUCACAUGUAGCUUUCUCCCUUUUGUCUAACUUCACAUACCGCCAGCAAUGGGACAAACAUUUUUUAACUUGUGAAGUCCUACAAGCUGUGAGUGAAGAUGACAAAAUAUAUUACAUUACCUCACCACCUCCACCCAUGACUGGCCAUCAGCCCAGGGACUUUGUGAUUCUUGUGUCUCGAAGGCAACCUCUUGAGCCCAGUGAACCAUACAUAGUAGCUGUAAAGUCAGUAACCCUGACAUCUGUGCCACCUUCUUCUGAACACUGCAGAAGUGAAAUCCUGUGUGCUGGAUUCCAGAUCUACAGUGACAGCAGCAGUUCCUGUAGGGUGUAUUACUUCAAUCAAAUGACAUCAAGUCUUAUGCCUUACUUAGCUGCAAAUCUUACUGGCUCAUUAAACUCCAUUGAAGACACAGCUUUGGAGUGUAUUAAGUUCUUGGAGCUGAAAGGCAGCAAGUGUUGAAGUUAACACAAAGUUGUGAAAAGAGUGUGAGAGACUAUCAAGCAAUAUUAAUUUAAGUUUUUCCAUAUGUGUUAAUUGUUCUACAAGUUACUUUGAGUCAUGCAGCUGAUACUGGACUAGAGCUGGAUUUUAUGUCAAAUUAGGAUUUGACUUUAUGCUCUAAAUUCAAGUUUUCUAUUAAAAAAAAAAAAAAAAAAGAUUAAGGCACAAAUUCUGCUCCUAAAUGUGUAUUUCAUUGUUGGAUUGGGCCUGGUGACAUCCAGUCAAUUUUAAAUUAGUAGGUACUAAUCAGUCUAAUAUGCAGAGGACUAGUACUACCAAGAAAUUUGUCCAGUUCUCUGCUCAGUUUGUCCAGCUCCUUGCCUGUGCAUUACAUGUUGAUCUAUUAUGCCCUACAGCAAAUUAGUGUUUGAUAAUGUUUGUCAUUUGUUAAUGCUUGUAGUUUGUCUGUGUUCUUCAAUAAAUUAUUGCUUUUCAGAUUA